AUGUCGCUCGAUCGCACUCAUUACGACGUGGCCAUCUUCAGCACAGGUCUCCCUCAGAGCAUUCUGUCGGCCGCUCUCGCCUCAGCUGGGCUCUCCGUGAUCCAUAUAGACAAGAACGACUACUAUGCGGAUCAGUGGGCCAGUCUGACACUUUCAGAGCUGCUUAAGUGGACACAAAGCAUCAAGAACAGCCCUCGGAAUGGAUUCUCUUCCGUGCAGCACAUUGACGAUGUUGACCUCCGCUUUCCUUCCGCGACCGAUGCCGAAGACGCAAAGUCAAGCGAACCUUCUCAGUUGCCCCCGUCACUAGCAUCCCUCGAUCGCCACUAUGCGAUCUCGCUUGCACCUACUCUUCUGCCCGCUACAGGACCCUCGAUUGAUUGUCUGAUUCGCUCCAAAGUCUCGUCUUACGCCACAUUUCGCCUGCUCGAACGCACUUGUGUAGCAUCCGCAUCAACGGACGACUCGACCAAUAUGACGCUCACCGGCGUUCCCGCCAGCAAAGAGGACAUCUUCAAGACCAAGACACUUUCUUUGAUAGCUAAGCGCAAGCUUAUGAAGCUUCUCAUGUACAUCGGUACCGAGGAUUGGCAGUCGGACCUUGCACACGAUCAGAAGCUUGCAAAGAAGCCGUUCGUCGAGUAUCUGGCAGAGGUGCACAAGAUGUCGCCCGAUCUCAUUGACGCAGUCGCCUACGGCGUGUGUCUUUGUGCAACACCAGACGAGACAACAGAGAUGGCGAUGAAGAGAGCAAAGAGCCACAUGCAAAGUGUGGGAAGGUACGGUAACUCGGCGUAUCUUGUGGGACAGUACGGAGGUGCAGGUGAGCUCGCGCAAGGUUAUUGCCGUGCUUCGGCGGUCAAGGGAGGCAUGUUCAUACUGGCACACGGGAUUAAAAGCGCAAAGAAGGUAACAGAUAACUGGGAGAUCGGUGUUGAUGGCAUAGAUGAGGUAAUCACAGCGGACUACAUCGUCUCGAGCGAUGAAGUACUACACGAGCUUGGCCUGCGGUCAACAGACGCCUCAAAUUCAGAGCCUAAGGUAAAAGUUCUGUACAAGGCGAUACUGGUCCUCGACACACCCAUCUCCUUCACCGAUGCCGUAAAUCCAGAUGUACGGACAACCGAAGAAGAUGCCAAAGACACUUCAUCGCGUACAGCUGCCGAGUCAGACCUCCCGCCAGAGACAGGCCUCGUCGUCUUUCCUCCGGGCUCCAUCGGAGGUAACGCAAAUACUGUCACCGUGCUCAUGAUGGGCGAAGGCACAUUCUCCUGCCCCAAGGGCCAGUAUGUCUACUACAUCCAGACCGAGGCUGCCGAGCAAGACUCUCACCGCUCGGCGUCGGAUGCCCUGCAACCGGUGCUCGCCCAAGUGAUCAGCUUAACGAACAAAGCACAUCCACCCGAAGCAACGUCUGCCACGCAGCCCCUGCUUCAAAUGACGUACCGCCAACUCAUACCUCUGACGCUCGACGAGAGCACACAUCCUAACAUAUCGAGCAUCCCAUUCCCACCGCCGUCCAGUGCCCCAUCAUCGGGCGAAGCCAGUCACGCAACCACAUCCAUCUCGGGACUGACGGACGCCGCUGUGCAUCUGGCAGAGAAAGUAUACUACGACGUCCUGGCGUCACGACUCGCAUCGCCGCAGUGUGGGGACUCGCAUGCGGAAAAUUUGCAGUGGAUCAAGCAGACACUCGAGAAGCAAAGAGUAGAGCGUAGGCGGCGAAAGCGUAGAGAUCCAGCAGAGUAUCAGGGAAGAGGCGGGAGAGGUGUAGAUGACGGCGUCACACGAGAGCACGAUGACCAACAUCGAGAGGACGAUGGAGAUGGUGUGAAAGUGGUUGGUUUCUUUGAGGCGAGUUUGGACGUAGAUGAUGACAAUGAUGACGAUGGGGAUGCUGAGUAG